CAAAUUUGGUCUGGAAGCGUGUGGGUUUCUGUCACUUACAGUGAUUCAGUCCUGCCCUGCGAGGAUCUGUUAACUGUGGUUUUUGAACAUGAAAGCGGGGUGCAGACAGCUGGGAUGGUCGCCCACGUCACCUGCUGUCGGCACACGGCCAUUCCCGGGGGGGCACUCAUCCUGCGCCUGUCAGAGUCAUCGGAGCCUGCUUUCUGCCCCUUCCCUCUAAGUGUGCUGCCCCAAGCCAGAAUUUGGGGUGGGGGUUGUGAAGACAUUCAGAUGGGCAGUAGUGAUUUAUAAAUGGGUCUGGGACAUCAGAAGUUGGUGUCCCACAGGGGUAUGUUGGGGGCUCGUGUUGGUUGAGAGGGGGCCCUUUUUGGGUUUAUCUGUGGCACCAGAUUGCAGAGGUCAGAACACCACUGACCACAAUAUGUGGGGUUGGGCUAAAGAAUCUCUGGGCUCAUAGACUGGCCUUGUGAGCUCAGGGUGGGUAGCAGGGUCUUUGGGAUUUCUACCACUUUCCAUGUUGGGUGCCUCUCCGGACAUCAACAUGCUCACGGUGCAGCAUCAGCACACGACCCCAGGUUCUGUUUCAGUCAGCUCAGUCCUCUGACCCCAAAUUCCUGACUCCAAGAGGCUUUCAGACCCAUGGCCCACACAUCCAGGUGUUCUCUCUCUGGGUUCUCGUAGACAUCUUGGACUCCGUGUCUCCCAGCUAAUAAACCCUAUGCCCUCACUCCCCAGCCAUGGGGUAACCUCUGCUGCCUGCCUGCCUGCCUCCCCUCCCCACACCAUGGUCCCAAGACGUGCCUUAUUUCUUUCUUGCCGCAGGCCUUCAAAGACCCCAGGCUUGGAGUGAGGGCGGCCUGUGUGGCUGUCUCUCAGCCUCACUGUACUCUGUCCUGUGCACAUGGGAGCCCCUGUGCUCCACAUGUUAGCUUUGCCCGUCCACCCACAUCACCCCCUUCCCCGCACCUGGACCCCCCUCGAUCUGGCCUUGGUGAGGCACCUGCCCCCAGUACACAGGUGAUAUUUAAGCUUCAUGGAGGCCAGACAGCAGACCCCAAGAGGCCUGUUCUCUCACUCUGUUCUCAGCCACAGAGGGAACUGUAAAUGUGUCAUGAGUUCUGUACCCCCGAUUCAGGGAAGGGAAAGAAAGGUAUGCAGAAUUUUACAAAGAAAAGGUCUCAUUGAGGAUGGGUAAGGGUCUCCUCUUCCAUCGGUGCAAGGAAGGGCUGUUGCACUAAUGCAAAUGGUGUGGGGAAGACAAACAGUGCAUGGUACAGAUGCACAGGUGUGUGCUACUCAGGUAUGGUGCGGAUAUCGUGUUUGGCGCAGAUGUACUCAGGUGUGAUACAGGUAAAUUCAGGUGCGUGGUACAGAAGCACUCGUCUGCGGUACAGACGCUCUCAGGUGUGUGCUAUAGAUGCUCUCGGGUGUUUGGCCCGAUGGACUCAGUCAGGUGUGUGGUACAGAAACAGAUGUGGCCCCAGCCCUCCCAGUGGGAGGCAAGGGCUUGGUCAGCAGAGGCACAUUGAGGAGUGGGCAGUUUGGGAGGUGGUGGUCACCGGGGACUUGGGUGGCCAGUCAAGGCUUUGGUGCGUUGGGGGUGGUGGUGGGUAUGUGGCUGUGUUUCCAGAAGGCCUAGAGGCAGUGGGGCUUAAGGGGCCGGAGGUCCGCUGGGGAGUCCAGGCUACUUGAAGGGAGCAGAUGGUCCUGAGGGCCCCAGCCCUGCCCAGGCCGCCCCAUCAGGGUGUGCGGAAACUCCCUUCGAUGCGCUGCACCCACAUGGUUCCCUGCGCCGGGAGCCAAACCCAGCUCCGAGAGCCGUCAUUCGGCCACACGGGGGCAGUGCAGUCACGCCAGGCAGGGACGCCUGCCCUGGAUGGCUCCUCCACAGCAUGACCCAUCGCGUGCCCAAGGACACGCCAGCACAGAAUUAACAGAAGCAGCAGAGAAACUGGAGUGAGUGGGGCUUAAGGUCUGAGGGCAGCAACACCUGUCCUGGAAAGUUGUGAACAAAGACUUAGGCAGCUUUUCACUUACUACUUUGCUUAAGCUGUGUGCCCUGGGUCCACUUAGACAUGGGUGUUUGGGAUGGGCAGGCAGAGCUCCCCUGGGGAAGACGGCCUCCAUGAGGCCAGGUCAGCUGCCACAGCCACCCGCAAUACCUGAUCACUUGUCCUCUGUCCCCAUGUGCCCUCCUCCCUCACCUCCCAUGCCUUAUUCCCUGUCCCCAGCCUGCACUCCCCUGUUCCCCCUUCCCUGGGCCCUUGAUCACCUACUCUCACAUACUCCCUCUCUUGCCAUUUGAAUGGUGUGUUGAUGACCCAGCUCUUGACUUGACUUGCAGGAAGACGAAGAACCUGCUGGAGACACCGGAUUCUCAGCCAGCUUUAGCCUUGGGCUCUUUGUGAAGAAAAUAAUCCAGGAAUGGUCAGAAAGGCCUGACUUGUGGCCACGGCUAUGGUCACACUAAAGUUAACCUAGCCAACUGGGAGAGCCACUUGUGUCAGUCCAGAGGAGCCUGGUCGAGGAGGAAAGCAGGGCCAGAAAUGAUGAUUCCACCAGGGGAGUGCAUGUAUGCUGGAAGGAAAAGAAGGAAGCCCAUUCAGAAACAGAGGCCGGCCACGGGGGCUGAGAAGUCAAACCCGUCCAAGCGGCACCGGGACCGCCUCAACGCCGAGCUGGACCACCUGGCCAGCCUGCUUCCGCUUCCUCCUGACAUCGUGUCUAAGCUGGACAAGCUUUCCGUCCUGCGUCUCAGCGUCAGCUACCUCAGGGUGAAGAGCUUCUUUGAAGCCGUGCAGAAGUGCCCACGGCAGCCGGCGGCUGGUACCCCCUCACCAGAAGACAGCGGUCUGAGCGGAGGGUCCACCGUGCUGGAGGGAAGGCUGCUGCUGGAGUCUCUCGAUGGCUUUGCCCUGGUUGUGAGUGCAGAAGGCAUGAUAUUUUACGCGUCAGCAACGAUCGUGGACUAUCUGGGCUUCCACCAGGUUUUAUUAGGCCUGCCCAGGCUGAAUGAUUCCAGACAUUGGGGCAAGGCUCUGGGGUUGAGACCCACCAAACGCUGGAUCCUCCUCCAAGAAAAGACGGACGUGAUGCACCAGAACAUCUAUGACUAUAUCCACGUGGACGACCGCCAGGACUUCUGCCGGCAGCUGCACUGGGCCAUGGACCCUCCCCAGGAGGUGUUUGGGCAGCCCCUGCACUCAGACACAGAGGACGCGGUGCUGGGGCGGCUGCUCCGGGCGCAGGAGGCGGACUUCUCGGCCUUCCUGACGCGCUGCUUCGUGUGCCGCGUGCGCUGCCUGCUGGACAGCACCUCGGGCUUCCUGACAAUGCAGUUUCAAGGAAAACUAAAAUUCCUGUUUGGACAGAAGAGGAAGACUCCAUCAGGGACGGUCCUGCCCCCUCGGCUGUCACUGUUCUGCAUCGUGGUGCCCGUCCUCCUUCCUUCCGUGGCGGAGAUGAAAAUGAAGAGUGCGUUUCUGAGAGUGAAGCACAGGGUGGACGUCUCAGGCUCAGUGGACACGAAAGCAAAAGCCGCCUCGAGUCUGUGUGACCCAGCAUCGCAUGGAAAACCCCACUGCCUGGCAGGGAGGGGCAUUGGAGAAAACAUUUCAGCGCUCAAGGCACAAGCGGAUGCAGGCUGCUGGGCCCGGGUUCCAGCCAGAGCCCCAUGUCCCUGCCUCAGGAGCAGCCCGGACCUCGUUUCUGGCCCCGAGGGGGCCGCCGGGGACAGGGGAGGAGAGGAGCACGGGGGGGUGCCUGGCAGCACUCCCGGAGCCAGGGGGCGGAGGGAAAGACCUGCGUAUAGUUGCUGCUUUGAGGCGCCUGGACCCGUGAGGCACCUGAACUGGAUGACAGGGAAACAUGGUCCAGAUGGUGGCACCAACGUGAAGCUGGGACCCAGUAAGAGUGACCCGUUCUCCACACACACCGUGUCCCGUGGCUCCUGCGUGUCCUGCCCCGGUCUUCAGGGCACUGUCCAUAGCAGUGGGGUUACUGCUUUCCGGAAUUCACCCGGCCGUCACCCAGGAAGCCACUCUCCCAGUGCCUAUGCCAGCCGCACGAGCGGAGCCUUGCAGGACGGCUGCAAGGGGCCCCCUCUGCCCAGCUGCCCCUUUCCCCAGGGGAGCCCGGACAAUGGGCUCCCUCCGCCCAGAGGACAGCGUCUCGCAGCGGGGGGCUAUUCCACCGAGGACGCCAAGUUUCGAGGGGGGCCGGUGCCCACGGGAGCCCCGUGCAACCCCAUGCUGUCACUUGAUGUGCCCGUCAAGCUGGAGAACGACUCUGGGUCUGAGGACGCGGCAGACGGCUACCUCGUGUCCCCAGGCCAGGUGUGGCUGGGAGCCGGCGGUGUGGCCAAGAGGCAGCUGGUCACUUUCCCUACCAGGAUACACCUGAAGACAGAGUCAGACUCCAGACCCCACCUGUAUGCUCCGCACCUGGGGCACAGCAUGCUGGGGGCUCACCUGAGCGGCAGGGCUCCACUCAGACCCGGCAAGGAGCCGGCGCCCUUACGCCCCGCACACUGUGCCUGCCUGCAGCACGUGCGUGGCCUUCCCGAGCCAGAUCCUCCCCGCCACCUCUGUGCACACGGUCACCAGCCCCCUACACUGGGCUGUGACUGCAGAGCUCCCGGCACCACACCCGUUGUCAAGCGCGAGCCCCUGGACUCACCCCCAUGGGCAAGCCACAGCCAGGGUGGGGUGCCCGGCAUGUUCCCCAGAAGUGCCUUGCCAACACUGAUGCCCCCCAAAGCCCCCGAGUGUGCUUUCCUGCCGUAGGGCGGGUGUUUCUAAAAGCUAGCCUCUUCCGCACGCCCAGACUUACCCUCAGCUGCGAUGGCAGGUGGGGGGUCGGAGCCGUUCUGCAAAGCUGCACAAGUCCAGGCCUCCUUAGGUGUGGGCAGCGUGUGCAAUAGCAUAUUGCGUACUUUGUAAAAUGUCACGCAAGUCCUUCAAUGCCAAGUGGUGUUAAGUCCGUUCACAAUUUUCCAGAAAGUGGCCAGAGCGAGACAUGUCAGCCUGGCAGGGCACACCCCUCUCUCCAGGACGCAGUGGGCACCUGGCCAGUCACGCGGUGUGGUCUCCCGCGAUCCCCAUGCUCACCUCCCAGCUCCGCCUGCACCGUGGAGGCGGGUCGACGCCUCCACGGAGUGGACUGAAGAGAGCAGCCACACCCUAGGUACAAAUUAGGGAUAUAAUCUUUUGAGCCACAGGUGACCAUGCCCCCAUUCACGGAAGGAAUCUGGAAGGUUCCAGGCAAAAGAGCCUGUCUGCACCAGGUCCUGCCCUCAUUACUACACGCAGCACGUGCUCCUCGACCUCAUGGUGGAGGUUGAGGCCACACCCAGAGUGGAAAUUGACAGGAUGAUAUCCUGUUCCUUCUGGAAGUCUCUGGGAUUUUUAAUGGGCCUCUGAAGAUGGUUUAUGCUAAUCUGUCUCCAGUACAUUGUGUAAUUUUGAGUUUACAGAGUCUGGGUUUGGAAGCAGAGAGAAGGACGAAACGUAGAGAAAAGAGGUAAAAAAAAAAAAAGUCAAGUUGUCCAUGGAGGCUGUGUUGCUGGCUGUAUACAGGUUUUCAAAUGGGGAUUCCAAUUACCACCUCAGGAAGAAUCAUUAGAGAUAAGACAGAAAUUGUUUUCUAGAACUGUACACCCACACAUCCCAACUGUAGGAUCCCCAGACACAACGUUGUGAAUCAGAAGGUGGAGUCCCAGUCACCCCACGGUCACCACCAGAGAUGGGCCCCCUCCGCGCCCCGCCAGUGCCAUCAGCGAGGGGUGUGCCAUCAGGGUAUGAAGGUCUCCACCGAGCCCGCUUGUACCGUGGUGGACGCACACCUGCUCCUCAGGGACAAGGGCAUCUGUUCCUAAAGUCACCCCCAAGUCACCCCCAUCUGGGAGCCUCAGGAGGUGGCAGGAGCCUCCAGGCAGGGACUUGCUGCUCCGCCAUCGGUACAUUCUACCCUUCAGUGUGGGGCCUUCUUCUCCAUCACCUAGGGCUUUGGGGUAUCAAUGUUCAGCUGGGCUAAUGCUGAAGCCUUGUUAGAACUCGGGGUUUAGCUGGCAGGACCCUUAGACACACCCUGGGGCACCGGUGCGCCUGUUGCCAGCUUUGUGGAGGGUCCCCCAUGCGGGAUGCUGGGAGCUGAGGGCUUCUUCCUGGGGCUGACACGGGAGGCCACCCACUGGAGCCCAGGGUGUGGAGUGGUCAAUGCGUGGCCCUCUGGGACACACAAGGCCAGCCCAGCAGCCUCUCCUCACCCACUGAGGCCUUGCAAAGGGUGACACUGGUGCUGUGCUGUCUUCACUUCUGCUGCCAGAGUCUCCCCUGGCCAUUACGAUGGUGGCACAACCACCCAGGGACACCUGGGGACCUCUGGCUGGCCCCAGGCCCUCCUCACCCGGUUCUGCUGCAGGGCACAAACGCCUGUGCUCUCUGGGCAUCUGGAGACUUACUCCCUGAGACCUGGGGUGGAGUUGCAGAAUCUUCUUCCUUCUUUCCUAGUCAAACCCAGAGCCCAGGUCCUGGCCCUCUGUCAGAUGUGACUGUGCACCUGUCUGGGGUCCCCAUCUGUGAGGUCACUGACCCUCUCACUUCAUCAAUGGAGAGGCCACACCCCAGGCCCAGGCUGGCUGCCUGGGGCCAUGUCCUGCGAUGCACUAGGGCUCCCCCAUGUCAGAAUGCAGUAGACACACAUGUAGCAGGUACCUCAGAAAACAGGACUGAAAAGGUGGAAUUCAGAGACAUCAUGGCAUGCUUGCACAUUGUAGCCAGGCCCCAGCAUAACCAAAGAGGAGCGGCAGGUGAGAACCUCAGGCGAGACGCCGCCCUGAAGCAAGUCACGCCUGUCCCCGAGGGCCGUGGCACCCACGCCACCCCCUCCCCACAAGCGGUCAGUUCGCAGGUGGACAGGUCCUGCUUUGUUGACAGAGAGUCUGGCCCCUGGAAGUUAGCUCUGCAGGUCUUGUGUUCUGGAGACGCCCAUCCUACACCCGGGGCCUUGAACUCAACGGGCCCCUCCUGAGAUGCCCCUCAUACACCCGGGGCCCUUGAACGCUCUGGGCCCAGGUCCCCUCCUCUCCUGGGUCAACACCAGCAGAACGACCCUGAGUCAGCACUUUCGUUAUUUCACAGCCACACCCUUCCUGAAACAUCAUGUGGGAAGAUGAUGGCACGUAGGAGGUGCAGAUGUGGUCACUUCCUCUUUAAAUGUCAUUACCAGUACCAAUUACAGGGUUAGGGUUUUCUGUGUCUUGUAGCUUUUGCUUAUGUAGCUGAAAACAUAUGAAAAUCAAAUGUAACAUGAGAAUGGAUGGACAGGAGGAGAUGAACACAAAUUGUAUAUUUUUAUAGUUUCUACUGGGGGAGAAAAGUUUUUAAUAUCUAGACUGACUUGCUGAAUUUUUUUAAAUGGAAAUAUUAUAAUGUAACUUUUUAUACUGUUUUCUCAGUGCCUUUAGAAACAGCUUUCAAAUAUAUUCCUGAUAGUAUGGUUUGUAUUCAAUAUGCAAUAUUGAUAUAAAAUAAAUCACGUUAGUUCAUGUUUACCACAAACAGAAAUGUCUACUUGAUUUUCCAGAUGAAGUAACUAUUUCCUUC